AUGGUAUAUGUGAACGGGUACUUCCUCAGUUUCACCAAGUACAUUGUAAGACUCCGUAAAAGCCGUAAAUUCAGGGAGGAACAAGAACGAGUGUUCGUGAAGGGUCUGGAUACUAUUCGAACGAUAGCUGCUGCCGGCCAGAAGUUUGACACGCUGAUGGUAGUAGCCGAAAAUCCGUCCAUCGCGUUAGAAGGCGGCGUGGCGGCGAAUCGAACGCUCAGAGUGCCGAGGGAUCUCCUCGAGCACAUCACGUACAAUCACCACUUCAACGCCCACCUCUAUGGAGUUACCGAUGAGCGCCUAUGCGUGGGUGACAUCGAGAUGCCCAAGCAUGCGGAAAUAGAUUGGGAAUCUGGUGUCUGUUCUGAACGAGUGCCCACUGAGAGCUUUCCCGAAAUCGUGCUUUGCUUGGACGGUCUGCAAUACACUGACAAUGUGGGGAGGUUAUUGAAGACUGCAUGGGCGGUCGGGGUCUCACGAGUAGUGUUGACACCGGAGUCUUGUGACCCAUGGGACUGGAAGGUCUUGGAGGAGAGCGGAGCGAAGUACUGGGAUAAGAUGCCUAUCCAUACAGGUGUGGACGCGGUGCGGCUCCUGAAGUUCUGCGCUGCCCGCCAGCUCCUACCAGUUGUUGCAACAUCCUCGGGUGUUGGCAGGCAGGGCACUGAGCCUCUGCCCACGGUGAAGAAGCUCAACGUUCGUAAUGCAGGGUAUAGAGGCGUUAUGGUUGUGGUUGGAAGCGAGGCACGUGGUCCGUCGAUGGAGUUGCUUGAAUGCUGCACGAGAGUUACUCUACCGAUGUCUAUGGCGGCUGAUUCCCUUAAUGCCUCGGUCGCCGGUGGAGUGUUGUUGUAUGACAUAGCUCUUCGUCUUCAGGAGGAGGAAGAGAAGAGGUGUUCCAACUAG